GAGACGACGCACGCUGGCCUGCCUUGGGUUUGUUCCCCGUCGGUCGGUAAAACUGGUCUCGCCGUCGUGCGCGAUCGCGCUGCCCGGUUCACAGUUCGUUUUGGCCACUGCAGUGACAAACAUCGCGUAAGCCUCUCUCAACACGGCAGCUCUAUUUAUUUUGAUUAAAUUAAAUUAUUAAAUUUUACAAACUACCAGCAUUAAUCUGCUGCUGCAAAGUGCUAAAAAAAGGAAAAUAAACCAGUUUGCAGCAUCGAAUUUGUGUGUCUGUGUGUCUGUGUGAGUGUCAGUGUCAAUGUGCACCGGUGUGCAAAUCUAUGCCAGCUAGUGAGUGCAUUCGAUGCUGCAUGUGUGAGAAGUGCAAGUGCAAAGCUAAUCGAGAUCGCAAAACCAGAUCGACGCUAACGGGUGAGAAAAAGUGAAACCUCUCCGCACGGUGAAAUCAGUGAGCAAAGAUCAACCCGAGCAAGAGGAAAAAAGGAGCAACCGAAGAAAGUGAACCCAGCCCAGCAGCAGUCUUUGGCGCAUUGGUGGACGGGACAUUUCACUCCGCAAUAAUGAUGUCGAUGGGACAAGCGUCGUGGAAAGCGCACGGGAUCAUCCUGGCGGCGCUGGUGAUCGGGCUCGCCAGUGGACAGCGCCAGGACCAGGAGGACCCGUGCAAAACCAAGUCGAAGGUGGUCGGUGACGUGACGUACUGCGAUCGGUACUGGGAGUGCAUCAACAACCAGCCGGAGCUGUACGACUGCCCGAACGGGCUCGUGUUCGCCGGCAAGCACCGGGGCGUCACGGAGGGCUGCGACUACCCGUGGCGUUCGAACUACUGCGACGGCAAGCAACUGGCAAACGGACCAAUCUCGACGGAGCACUGCGAUUGGCUGUACGGCAUCUUUGGGCACGAGACGUCCUGCACGCGGUACUGGACCUGCUGGAACGGUACGGCGACGGAGCAGCUCUGCAUCGGUGGGCUGCUGUACAACGAGAACGCGCACAGCUGCGAUUGGCCCGAGAACGUUGAUGGAUGCCAGAAGCACCCACUCUGCAACGAGGAUGCGAAUGGCAACGUGCCGCUAGGCAAGUCCUGCAAUCGCUACUGGCAGUGUCAGGGUGGCUACCCGCGGCUGCAGCGCUGCCCCGCCAUGCUGGUGUUCGAUCGGCGCAGUCUGCGCUGUGUCGUGCCACCGACCGAGGACUGUGAUGUGCCAACGACCCCGCUGCCCUUGGAAUACGAACCAGAACAGCAGCAGCAGCAGCAGCAGGGCAAGGGAAAUCCAAACGCCAUUUACCAACCGUCCGGCGCCGGUGGACUGCAGGGUGGCAAAUUGCAAUCGGGAGGACGAAACAAGAACUAAACAAUCACUGUCAUGCCACCAACACAUAAACACACCCCAUACCCACACACACAAAAGUUCCGACUUGUGGCCGAAAAUCGAACGAUGAACUGCUUGCCUGGCCAUCCAUCCCACACCACCCGACUACAUUCCCGAGGGCACUGAUAACGUGCGAGCGUUGCGUGUGUUGCUUAUCUUCGCUUCAACUACCGCUCCCCGAUCAACCGUACCUCUGCUCCGCAACCCCGUUCUGAAUCCGGUUCCCGUUUGCAUCCCACCGCCGUUAGCAUUCCUGGGAACGCAUUCCGUUGCCUGGUUUCCGAAACGAUUCCGAAAUAGGGUGGAAAUUGGAUUGGAGUUUUUUUUUCUCGGCGUCUUAUGGGUGGCCCAUCCCACCUUUACGCUACAUUGUAGCCGGCGAGAGGAGAGCAUCAUUUCGUAGCCUGGAGAACAAAACUGUUCGAUGUGGAUGCUGGUGAACGACAAACUGCAGGGACAUUUCCACAACUGUCACCGACAGGAGGCUAGGCGUGCGAGCGAAAAUGGCGCACAAAUGAGCUCUAACGGCUAACUUAAUCAACUACGCCACCGUCACUCUUCUAGCCUGCUCGAAGCGAAGUUUAAUUCAUCCAAGCAAACCGUUGCCACAGUUUGGUCCUUCUCCCCCCCCCCCCGCAUUCCAUAUUUCAUUGCUGACACUGUUCCAUCACCCUACACUGUUGUUCAUCCGUAGGUCCGAUCCGUGUACGAUGCGCGUGCGUUUCGGGCGCGAAGGUAACAAGCUUACCUUAUUUUAUUCCCAUUGUGUCACUAUUUAAGAUUGUGUAACGUACGUUUAAGCCGAGGACAGUGGAAACUAAAGCGUAAAUAAAAGUGUAGAAGUAAUCAAGGAU